AUGGACCGCGCAGGGCGCGGGGGCAGAGCUCCUGUCGGCGAACGCCCCGCUUUGCUGGCGCUGGGCCCCGUCGCGCUGCUCGACGUCGCGGCGCUCGACUCCAUUGUGCUGCUCACUGUCGCGGUGCUCGGCUCCGUCGCGCGGGAUCUCGUCGCGCUGCUCGACGUCGCGGUGCUCGAUUCUGGUUCGAUCGUAUUUUUUUCUGGGGUUGGUGCUGUGUCCGGUUGCGCUGGUCAGAGACGUCGCGCUCGACUUCGUCGCGUUGCGCUGUCCGGAGUAUAUGCGCGCACGGGGCUGCGGUUCCGGGGCCCCGUCGCGCUGCUCAACGUCGCGGUGCUCGACCCCGUCGCGCUGCUCGACGUCGCGCUGAUUGACUUCGUCGCGGCGCGCCAGAACGCGGUGCUCGACCCCGUUGCCCAGGGCCCCGUUGCGCUGCUCUGCUGCGCGGCGCGCGACUCCGGCGCGCCUGGCGUGGAGCUGCUGGCGCUGGAUCCUGUCGCGCUGCUCAGCGUCGCGGCGCCCGACCCCGUCGCGCUGCUCACCGACGCGGCGCUCGACGCAUUCACUCUCGCUGGCGUCUUGGCGCUCGACCCCGCCGCGCUGCUCGGCGUCGCGGUGCUCGACUCCGUCGUGCUGCCCAGCGUCGGGGCGCUGGCGCCGCCUGCACUCGAGCGCGCGGCGCCCGUUGCACUAUGCGCUUCAUCCGUGGAUGCGACAUUGCUGCUGUUGAAUCUUUUCGCGCUGGUCAUUUUUGAGGUGCUCUCCUCCGUCGCGCUGCUCAAUGUCGCGGCGCCUGGCUCGUCUGCGCCGCGUCCCGUCGCGCUGCUCAGCGUCGCGCCGCGCGACUCCGUCGCGCUGAUCGCUGCGUUUGUGCCGGCGAUGGGCGCCGCCGCGCUGCUCCGCGUCGCGCCGCUCGACUCCGUCGCCCUGGGCCCCGCCUCGCUGUUCAACGUCGCGGUGCUCGACUCCGUCGCGCCGCUCGGCGUCGCGGCCCUGGCCCCAGGCGCGCUGCCCAAAGACGCGGCGCUCGUUGCGCUGCUCGCAUCGCUCGUCGACGCGGGGUCGCCGGCGGUGGAUCUCGUCGCGCUGCUCAACGUCGCGGCGCGUGGCCCCCUUGCGCCGCCCCACGUCGCGGCGAUCGGUUCCGUCGCGCUGGAUCCCGUCGCGCUGCUCGCAGUCGCGGUGCUCGGCUGCGUCGCACUGUUCAGCGUCGUGGCGUUAGUCCUGGGUACGCUGCUCAAAGACUUGAUGCUCGUUGCGCUGCAGGUCCUCGCUCGCAGAUGCGAGGCAGCUUGCGAUGGGCUCGCGACGGGGCGCGCCGACGCGCUGGCGCGUGUCGCCCCCGGCAUCGCCUUCUGCGACGGCGGGCAGGAGUGCCCCGUUGAGGGCUCGCCGCCCGCGCCGGCGUUUGCGGAGCUUGUUCGGGCGCCUCCGCUGACGCGCGCUGAGCUUCAAUGA